AGAUAACCGAGAGGUUAUGUUGAUUAAGAUGUUUUAAAGUAGAUUUUACGUGAGAAAAUAUAAUAAUAAUAAUAAAAAAUGAAUCGAAAGUCAAAUAGUGUAGAACUUUUAGAAACAGAAAGUAAUACGUUACAAAAAACUCUCUCGCCUGAGAACUUUAGAACUGAUUCUAAAAGUAAUAUACUAAACAAACAGGAUUCAGUCACAACUGAUACCCUUAUCCCAACUCGCCCUGAUGACCCUCCACUAUUACCGGGAGAAAAGGUAACUGGGCAAGCAAGAGAUGUUACCUACUUAUGUCCUUAUCAUGGACCAGCUAGGGGUAUCCUUACAGUCACAAACUAUAAGCUGUAUUUUAGGUCAGGGGAAAAAGAUAUGCCGAAUAUUAUUGAAGUUGCCCUAGGAGUAGUAACAAGGAUAGAAAAAGUAGGUGGAGCCUCUUCUAGGGGAGAAAAUGCAUAUGGUAUAGAAAUUUUUUGUAAAGAUAUGCGUAACUUGCGUUUUGCCCAUAAGCAAGAAAAUCAUUCAAGGAGGAAUGUUUUUGAAAAGUUACAAAUGUAUGCCUUUCCGUUGUCACACAAACUAAACUUAUUUGCAUUUGAAUAUUCAGAAACUUUUUUGGAAAAUGGCUGGACAGUAUAUGAACCAAUAGCAGAGUUAAAGAGAAUGGUCAGUGGUAAACGUUGUAAGGAAGAUGAAAAAUAUGUUCAAUUGAUAAUGGAUGCUAACGCACAAUCGCAUAAGCUAUUUAUUAUGGAUGCCCGUCCAAGUGCUAAUGCUAUAGCGAACAAAGCAAAAGGAGGAGGAUAUGAGUCAGAAGAUGCGUACCAAAACGCAGAAUUGGUAUUCUUAGACAUCCACAACAUUCACGUAAUGAGAGAAUCUUUGCGGAAACUAAAAGAACUAGUAUAUCCCAAUAUAGAUGAGGUUAAAUGGUUAUCGGGACUAGAAUCAACUUAUUGGUUGAAACACAUCAAAUGUAUAUUAGCUGGAGCAUUGCGUAUAGUAGAUAAGGUAGAGAGCCACAAAACGUCAGUCUUAGUUCAUUGUUCUGACGGUUGGGAUCGAACCGCCCAGUUGACUGCCCUUGCCAUGUUACUGCUAGAUCCGUUCUAUAGAACAAUCAAAGGAUUUGAAAUAUUAAUCGAAAAGGAAUGGUUGUCAUUUGGCCACAAGUUCCAACAGAGAGUCGGCCAUGGAGAUGACCACCAUUCAGACGCUGACCGUUCCCCAAUCUUUUUACAAUUCAUAGACUGCGUGUGGCAAGUAACGCAACAGUUUCCAAACGCUUUUGAAUUUAACGAAUCUUUUCUUAUAACUAUCUUGGACCAUUUAUAUUCAUGUAGAUUCGGCACGUUUCUCUUUAAUAGCGAAAGAGAAAGAGUUGUAGACAAAGUUAAAGAACAGACCAUAUCACUAUGGUCAUACACCAACAGCAAUUUGAAUCUGUACAGAAAUCCACUUUAUUGGGCGAAUCCUUUGCAGCAAGUUGUUUUGGUACCUAUAGCUAGUAUUAGACACAUUAAGUUAUGGAAGACUUAUUAUUGUAGAUGGAAUCCCAGUAUGAGGACGCAGGAUCCUGUUUAUCAAAGGAUACGAGAAUUGCUUCUGCUGAAGGAGCAGCUUGAGCGUACCGUUGAGGACUACCGCAAAGAACAACAAGCACGAGUCCAGAGAAGCAGUGCCUCGCCCACUUGAUCCAUAAUUGUCGAGACUUAUGUCUAAAAGAGUCUGAUGUAGAUGAGCCUAAGUAAUUCCAGUUUAAGAUUAAAACUCUGGUCACUCCGGCCGUUGAUCACUCUUCAAAAGGGCCACUUUGCAUUUAUUAAUGUAGGGAAUAAUUUGUAAAAGGUUAUAGCAAGUUUUUUCGGAGAGUUGAUCACGGAGUAGUCGGCUAUAUUUAGUAUUUUUCCAAAUUGCGCACGUUUUACCCAUGGCAUAUUAGAGAUAUGUAAUGUCCUAGUAUAAAGGAUAUUUUGGGAUACUUUUUUAUAUGUAUAUAAUAUGUACUGAACAAUAUUUUAAGGUAUAUGGAUAUUUCCCAAAAUUCGUAGGUUUCUAAAUGCUUCACCAAUCACUAAUUCAUCUCCAGGUACUUUUAUAUAAUAUAUAAUGUUUACUUGUUUACUCCAACCAACUGAACAUUUCUAGAUAAUCUUAAAAUCACUUAAAGUCUAUUUAAAUCAUUCUUUCGUUUCUAGACGCUUUCAAAAUGAUACAUACAUCUCUAGAUACUUUCCAAAUAAUGUAUUAUGUUUCUAUGUAUUCUUAAACUACCUAGCUAUUUCGCAACUAGCUGAUUCAACUUUAGCUGUCUUCAAAAUCAGCCCAACUAAUUCCCAAAUCCUAUCUAUGCCUCUAGGUACUCUUUAAACAAUUCUUAACAUCUGAGGGUACUUGAUAAACUAUUCGUACUUCUCUAAUUAGUUCCCAAAUACAUGUAUAUGUCUGUAGAUACUCUUAAAACCACUCUGACUUCUGCCCAAAUCACCCAUAUAUCGCUAGAUACUCUUUAAAUCAUUGUUACUUCUGUAGGUACUUCCUAAACUAUUUGAAUGUCUCUAGGUGUUUUGCAACAAACUCAUUCAUAUCUAAGUACUUUUAAAAUCCGUCGUAGGUCUUUACGUAAUGGUCAAAACAUAUAUAUGUCUCUAGGUACUCUUAAAACUACUCCAACUUCAGCCCAAACCGUAGCUAGAUAUUUUCAAAAUCAUACAGGCAUGUCUAGGUACUUCUCUAAUCAAGUAUACAUUCUAUAUGCUCUUAAAAUCACUCUAUCGCCUGCAGGUACUUCCAAAUCUACUCGUACGUCUGUAGAUACUUGCGAAACCUCUCGUAUGUCUCUAGAUUCCCCUCAAACUACUCUAAACAAUUACCAAAUCACUUAGUGGUCACUAUAACAGUUCAAAAUCUUCCAGGCAUCUCUAGAUAUUUCCAAAUCAUGUAUUAGGUUUUUGUGUGUUCUUAAAUUAACUUUAACGUAUGUAGGUAGUUCCCAAACUACUCAUGCGUCUCUAGAUACUUUUUAAAUUAUGUAAAAACCACUCUAAUAUGUGCUAAGCCGCCCAUACAUUUCUAGACACUUUUAAAAUUACUAUAGCACCAAUCACUCAUCGGCAAAUACUUUCGGAAUCAUCUAGUCAUGUCUAGGUACUUCCAAAGAUACUUCUAGAUUCAUGUAUAUGUCCCUAAAAACUCUUAAAGUCGCUCUAAUGUCUGUAGAUACUUGCUAAAUCUCUCAUAUGUCUCUAGAUGCCCUCAAACUACUCUAAAUCGUUCCCAAAUCACUUAGUUGCUUCUAUGGCACUUCUUAAUCAUCCAUACGUCUCUAAUCACUUCCCAAAUUAUGUAAAAACUACAUACUAAACUAUGCCUAAACCACCCAUACAUCUCUAGAAACUUUUAAGAGUCACUUUAUCCAGUCUAUAGUGACGUCCCAAGCUACUUGUAAGUUUGCAAGUAUUUCCCAAAUGAAUUGGAAAAAAUCAUCAUAUAUACUCUUAAAAUCAUCCAUGAAUAUGCAAGUACUUUACAAAUCAUGUAUGUGUCUAUAUAUACACUUUAAAUCACUUUACCCGGUAGUACAAACUACGCGUACGUGUCUAGAUACUUCCAAAAUAACUUAUUUACCUUUAGAUACUUUAAAAAUUAGCCAUACCUCUCUAGAUACUUCCCAAAGUAGAUAUAUGUUUCUAUGAGCUCCUUAAAUCUUAAUCACUUUAACAUCUGAAAAUAUUCCCCAACUAUUUAUGCAUCUUUGGAUACUUUCCAAAUUAUGUAAAACUCACUCAAAUUCACUUUAAUUUCCAUAGAUACUUCAGAAAUUUGAAGUAUCUAUGAUGUAUAACAUAGAUGAAUGUUUAUGUACUGCCUAAAUCAUAUAAUAUACGUCUAAAUAUACACUUAAAAGUACUUUACCGUCAGUAGGGACUUCCCGCACUACUCGUAUGUCUUUAGAUACUUUAAAAAUGACUUACUCAUAUUUAGGUACUUUCGAAAUAAGUCGUAUUAAUUCAUGUUUAUGUCCAUAACCUCUUACAAAAAUUCCCAACAGUUAAAAUCGAACGAAAGUGUAUUAUUUUAUUAUUUUAAUCAGUUCUGACACUUGGUAGUUUUAAAUUGCUCCGACUAUAGUGUAUGAGACUACUAAUAAUAAAAUCAUUAAGCUGAUAGUGGCUUGACAUUGACCCAGAAAACCAAGUAGCACUAACGUAGAGAUAAAAAGUCGGAAUUGUUUGAAAUAGUCUGUAUUAAGAAAAUAGAUAUAUACUAUUCUUCAUAAUUAUGGAUAUACACAUAUUUUCUACCUGUAUAUUGCUUAUUUUGAUCAUAAAUAUUGUUCCCCUGUUAACAAUUCCCUUCUUGUAUGUUUACUAAGAUCGUACUGAAGCCAAUAUCAACUUAAUUCCAACCGUACUAAACGACCGUCUUUAAUAACAAUAUUUUAUUUAUUUUUAACCACUAUUUAUAUAUAUUAUUUUGUAAAAAUGUUAAUCCUAAGUUUAAAUGUUUGUAUUCUAUUUGGUUUUUGUAAUAAAAAAGACUUUAGUUGUUCACAGCAACCAAAAAAUUUAGUUUUUAAAAACAAACACAAUAUGUUAUGUUACUUUUGGAAAUUAUUAAAAAGUAUUACUGUCUUAUUUUUAGGGUAUAUAAUGUACAUUGAAAUAAAUAUUUACC